AAACGGGCACAUUGCACCAUUCUCACAUGCAUUUAGCCGACUUUAUUUGUUAAAAUUCUUAACAACUGGUAAAACAACUGCUUAAUUAAAGCCCAACCUCAACAGAUCUACCCGCAUCUAAAUCAGAGAAAAUGGACAAGAACAGCGCAGCAUUGUACAAAAAGAUGCAGACUGAGGUUGAGGCAUACCAGACCCUGAAAAAAUCCUGCAUUAAAAUGGUCGAACAGAGGGCUUUGCUGGAGAGCCAAUUGAACGAAAACAAGUGCGUCCUGGAUGAACUCAAUCUACUGGGCCCAGACAACAAAGUGUAUAAGCUUUUUGGUCCCGUUUUGGUCAAACAGGAAUUGGAGGAUUCGCGACAGAAUGUCGGCAAACGCAUCGAGUACAUCUCCAAGGAGCUUAAGAGUUCCAGUGACACUCUGGAGAACAUGGAAAAGGACAUGGUGAAACAUCGGGAAGCCGUGGCCAAGUACCAACAGCAAUGGCAGGUGGCGGCGGCAAUGAAGUAAAGUCCUGGCGACACAAUUAUUUUAUAACUUAUUUGGGAAGACUUUGAUGGCUCGACCGGCAAAACCGCUUCAUUUUGAAAUCAAUAAAAUGUAGUUUCGAUUUGUGGCAAACCACUCGUAGCUAGUUUUUCUGAUUUUCAUAACAUCAUUCUUCUAUUUUUGUAAUGCCUAUAAAUUAUUUGAAAUCGAUCGCCUCAUCUGAAAAUGAAUAAAAACGCUUUAAAAAUGUCCCGAUAAUCAA